AUGGAGAAGGAAAAGGUAGUGUAUGGAGCUCAUGUUCUGGCCCUGCCUUAUCCAAGCCAAGGACACAUAAACCCUAUGCUCCAAUUCUGCAAACGACUUGUCUCGAAAAGGAAUAUCAAAGCCACUCUAGCCAUCACCAACUUCAUCUCCAAUUCUAUUCACCCACAAUCAAGCUCAGUCCAGCUUGACACAAUUUCCGAUGGGUAUGACGAAGCAGAACUCAUCAAGAAGCACCAAAGCUCUGAGCACCCCAUUACCUGUGUUUUAUAUGACGCCGUUUUGCCAUGGGCUUUGGAUGUGACCAAACAGUUUGGGUUAAUUGGAGCCUCUUUUUUCACUCAACCUUGUGCGGUGAAUUACAUAUACUACUAUGCUCAUCAUGGACUAUUGAAACUGCCGGUUUCCGAGCUGCCGAUAUCGAUUCCCGGGCUACCGUUGCUUGAGCUUCAGGACAUGCCGUCGUUCAUUAUGUUCACGGGUCGUAUCCGGCUUAUUUUGAGCUGGUUCUGA